CAGAGCAUCGGGCAAUGGAGCGCCCUGGUCAAGUUCCCGGUCGUACCGGUUGCCGUGGCUUUAUUGCCCAAGACUGGGGAGUUGCUGGCGUGGUCUUCUGGUUGGAGAAACCGCUGGACAUUCCCCGGUAACGGAAAGACAUACACCUCGAUUUACAACCCAUACAGCAAGGAAGUCACUGAGGCCCUGGUCGAGAACACACAGCAUGAUAUGUUUUGCCCGGGCAUCUCCAUGGACGCCGAUGGCCACAUCAUCGUCAGCGGAGGCUCCACUGCCGCCAAGACGAGUAUCUUUGAUGAAGACACCAACUCUUGGGCCGCCACUGGCGACCUCAAGAUCCCUCGUGGAUACCAGUCGAGCACCCUCACUUCUGAUAACAAGGUCUUCACCAUUGGCGGCUCGUUCCGUGGUGGUGCCCAAGGAAAGCAAGGUGAAAUCUACGACACCGUGAGCAAGGAAUGGAAGAAGCUCGACGGGUGCUCGGUGACGCCCAUGUUGACCCAAGAUACACGUGGCUCUUUCCGGGCCGAUAGCCACGCAUGGCUUCACGCGUGGAAGGAUGGAUACGUUUUCCAGGCCGGCCCCAGCAAGGCGAUGAACUGGUACUCCACGCGGGACUCGGGAAGCGUCAAGGGUGCUGGAAACCGAGGAAGUGACAGCGAUGCCAUGUGCGGCGUUAAUGUCAUGUACGACGCUGUUGCCGGAAAGAUUCUCACCGUAGGAGGUGCUCCGCGCUACGACGGCGUUGCGUCAACCGCCAACGCCCAUGUCCUUACCAUCGGUGAGGCUGGCGGUGCUGUUGAGGUUGAGAAGCUUGAGAACGCCAAGUACAACCGCGGGUUCGCCAACGGUGUCGUCCUUCCGGAUGGCAAGGUCUUCAUUGUUGGUGGCCAGAGCCGUACCGUACUCUUCUCGGACGCCAACCCGCAGCUUUUCCCCGAGAUGUGGGAUCCUGCUACCAAGAAGUUCACUACACUCAAGUCACAUACCACCCCCCGUAACUACCACUCAGUAGCCCUUCUGAUGCCUGAUGCGACCAUCUUCUCUGGCGGCGGUGGUCUUUGCAACGGAUGUACCGCCAAUCACUUUGACGGGCAGUUCUUCUCGCCGCCCUAUCUCUUUGAAACCGACGGGCAAACUCUUGCCAAGCGCCCUGUCGUUUCCGAGCUCUCGAUCUCCGAGUGCAAGGCCGGCGACAGCUUCACCAUUACGAUGGAAGAGGCGGCGAACUACACCUUCUCGAUGAUUAGAAUGGGUACUUCGACACACGCAGUCAACACCGACCAGAGACGUUGCCCUCUAGAGGCCCAGGCCAACGAUAAACAGUAUACCGUGACUGUUCCCGGAGACGCCGGCAUCGCACUCCCUGGCUACUGGAUGUUGUUUGCUGUGAACGAAGCAGGCGUUCCUAGCGUUGCCAAGACCUUCAGAGUUGCAGUGUGA